AUGGCGGACCUCGUCGACCACUCACCCCACCAUCCCACCCGAGCUGCGAAGCUGACCAGUGCCUCGAAUGUUAUCUUGAUCGACAACUACGACUCAUUCACCUGGAAUGUCUACCAAUACCUUGUGCUUGAGGGUGCGACUGUCACUGUGUUCCGGAAUGACGAAGUUACCGUGGAAGACCUAGUUGCAAAGAAUCCCACCCAGCUGGUUAUCAGCCCCGGACCUGGCCACCCCGAGACCGACGCAGGAAUCAGCAAUGCGGCAAUCAAACACUUCAGCGGAAAGAUCCCGGUCUUUGGUGUAUGCAUGGGUCAACAAUGUAUGAUCACGACGUUUGGGGGCAAGGUGGAUGUGACCGGCGAGAUCCUACACGGCAAGACCUCGGUCUUGAAGCAUGAUUCAAAGGGUGUCUAUGAGGGAUUGCCCGCCGACCUCUCCGUCACUCGGUACCACUCGCUGGCUGGAACUCACUCAACAGUCCCCGAGUGCAUGGAAGUGACUUCGUGGGCGGAACUUGAGAACGGUAGCGGCAACAGCGUUAUCAUGGGUGUCCGGCACAAGGAGCUUGCGGUGGAGGGUGUGCAGUUCCACCCUGAAAGUAUCCUGACUGAGUAUGGGCGUACCAUGUUCAGGAACUUCUUGAAGCUUACCGCAGGCACCUGGGCUGGCAACAAGAGCAGUUCUGCCCCUAAGGCUGCUGCUACUCCUGCUGCCCCCGUGGACAAGAAGCUGUCCAUUCUGGACAAGAUCUAUGCCCACCGGAGGAACGCCGUCGAGGAGCAGAAGAAGAUUCCUGCCCUGCGUCCGGAGGCUCUCCAAGCCGCUUAUGACCUGAACAUUGCGCCACCGCAGAUCUCGUUCCCCGCCCGGUUGAGACAGUCCGACUAUCCCCUGUCUCUGAUGGCAGAGAUCAAGCGUGCAUCUCCCUCCAAGGGAAUUAUCUCGGCUGAUGUGUGUGCACCUGCCCAAGCCCGUGAAUACGCCAAAGCCGGUGCUAGCGUCAUCUCCGUCCUUACCGAGCCUGAGUGGUUCAAGGGUACCAUUGAUGACCUUCGGGCGGUGCGCCAAAGCCUGGAGGGUCUCACCAACCGACCCGCUCUCCUGCGCAAAGAGUUUGUCUUUGACGAGUACCAAAUCUUGGAGGCACGUCUUGCCGGUGCCGAUACCGUUCUGCUAAUCGUGAAGAUGCUCAGUGUUGAGCUUCUUACGAGAUUGUACAAAUACUCUCGCAGCCUCGGCAUGGAGCCUCUUGUGGAAGUCAACACUCCUGAAGAGAUGAAGAUUGCAGUUGAUCUAGGAUCCGAGGUGAUUGGGGUCAACAACCGCGACCUGACUAGCUUUGAGGUUGAUCUUGGUACCACUAGCCGUCUGAUGGACCAGGUGCCCGAGACCACAAUUGUCUGUGCUCUCAGUGGUAUCACCGGCCCCCAGGAUGUGGAAGCUUAUAAGAAGGAGGGUGUGAAGGCUAUCCUUGUUGGAGAAGCCCUGAUGCGGGCAACCGAUACUUCUGCGUUCGUGGCACAGCUGCUAGGUGGGUCUUCUGAGAAGAUUGCCUCGACGUCACCAAGCUCGCCUUUGGUCAAGAUUUGUGGCACACGAUCCGAAGAAGCCGCCAAGGCUGCUAUCGAGGCUGGCGCUGAUCUCAUUGGAAUCAUCAUGGUUCAGGGCCGAUCAAGGCUGGUUCCCGACGAUGUGGCUCUGCGCAUUUCACAGACAGUCAAGUCGACACCACGACCGGGUGUGCACUCAACCGACUCAUCUGAGCAAAUAUCAAAGACCACUUCCUCCGAAUGGUUUGAGCAUUCUAGCAAGGUUCUGCGUCAUCCCACUCGUGCAUUGCUUGUGGGUGUCUUUAUGAACCAACCUUUGUCAUACGUCCUGUCUCAACAACAGAAGCUGGGUCUUGACGUGGUGCAGCUCCACGGCUCCGAGCCCCUGGAAUGGGCCAGCUUGAUUCCCGUACCGGUGAUCCGGAAGUUUGCUCCAGGUGAUCUUGGCAUUGCCCGCAGAGCCUACCACACUCUUCCUCUUUUGGAUUCUGGCGCGGGAGGGUCCGGACAAUUGCUCGAGGGAGCAGGUGUGCAAAAGGUCCUCGACAGUGAUGAGGGUUUGCGAGUGAUUCUGGCAGGUGGUUUGAACCCCGAUAACGUUGUCGAUAUCGUCAACAAGUUGGGCAAGGCGGGAUCCAAGGUGGUGGGAUUGGAUGUCAGCUCCGGAGUGGAGACCAACGGUGCUCAGGAUCUGGAGAAGAUCCGCGCCUUUGUGAAGGCAGCCAAAAGUGUUCGUGCAUGA